GCAACUCGGAGGUUGUGGUGCGCAAGCUGGAGCUAUCGAACCUGAAGUCAGUUAGGGACUUUGCUCAACAAAUUAAUGAAGAAGAGAAAAGACUUGACAUUCUAGUUAACAAUGCAGCAGCGAUCCGCGGCAACGGAGGAUAAUUUCGAUCUUGUCUUCGGCGUCAACCACUUCGGUCACUUCCUGCUGACCAACCUCCUCCUGGACCUGCUGAAGAAGAGCUCCCCCAGCCGGGUGGUCACCGUCUCCUCCGCCGCCCAUUAUUUCGCCGCCCAUUAUUUCGCCCCUGAGCCCAUGAAUCUGACCCACGAGGACCCAGCCGUGGCCAGUUUGCUGUAUCCUCACUUGGAGGGCUACGGCAUCAGCAAGGUGGCCAACAUUCAGUUUGGCCGGGAGCUUGCCAGGCGGGAAGUAUCUAGCGGUGUUGUCUCCGUCUCCCUGCAUCCAGGGACCAUCUAUACUCCAAUCAUAUGGAAAAACCUCAUGACCGCUGAAACAGACUUAGUGUGGAUAAAAACUCUUUACUACACACUGUCUCCUUUAAUGUGGCUGUUCUUCCUUGAUGAGGAAGCAGGUACCCAGACGACCCUUCACUGUGCCCUGGAUGACUCGAUACCUCAGCUCUCUGGCAGCUACUUUGACAACAGCCAGGUGAUGGCGCCCUCAGCGCUCGCUGAGGAUGACGAGCUGGCCCGGAGAUUGUGGCAAGUCAGCUGCGAAGCCACCAGCUUGGAAUGCACCUCAACAAAUUAAUGUUUAUUUCUGCCUCGUAGAAGACCCAUUCCAGGAAUAUCUAUCGGACCGGGCAAUGAAGAGUGCGCGCGCACAGACCAAUUUUGUCGUGACUUUUGGUGGGGUGGUGAUUGUGGAAUAUACUGAUAGGCCUACGUAUCUUAAUUCACCAAAAAAAAAUCUAUUCACAUUAAUUUCAUACAAAUGUUAGUCUAAAAUUUAAUAUAAGUUACAAGAAGCUUGGCCAAAAAUAAUAAAUAAUGCAUGCGAAAUUAUUUUAAUUCGACGAUAUAUAGCCAUAUGAAUUCAACCAUUGAGCACCGUUGACUUUAGAAUUGGUGCCAUUAGCACAAAUGUGUUUCAAUACACCACCAUACGAGUACCAUUUGAUGUUGUUUCAACCAUUGCGCAUCAUUGAUUUUACCAUUAAACAUCAAUAGUUUCCAUACAAAUCCAUACAAGUACUACUUAAUAUUGGGGUUUUUUUACCAUUGAUCACCAUUGUUUUUACCAUUACUGUAAUACCACUUAGCACCAAUGGUUUCCACACAAAACCAUACGAGUACCAUUUGAUAUUGAUUUUAACCACGGAGCACCAUUGAAUUUUACCAUUAGUACCACUUAGCACCAUGGUUGCCAUACACAAUCCAUACGGGUACCAUAUAAAUACUGAUAUUAACCAUUGAGCACCAUUGAUUCACCAUUGGUACCAAUUGGUUUCUAUACAAUACCAUACGAGUACCAUUUGAUAUUGUUUUAACCAUUGAGCAUUAUGGCUUUUACCAUUGGUUACCAAGCCUCACGAAUAUUAAUAAGGUUCCUAUCCAUUAUGGUGUGCAGUAAAAAUUUGCACUAUCGCCUCCUUCACGAGUUAUUAAUUAAUAAAUAUCACCCAUAAAUAUUACCGCUCUGUUUUAGCGUCACUGUACGUAAUCGGAUUAAGUUUGCUUAACAACGCUAGACGCAAAGCCUUCGCAACCACAAGGCUGCGUAGAUUGGAAAACCACACGUGUGGCCGAACGUACAGCGCAGCACGUCCACACAAGUGGAGCUAUGUUUAAAAAUGAUGAUCAUGAUGAUGAUGUACAUGCCCUAAUAGAUUACAUCAUAUUGUUGACUUUCCAGGUAUCACUGUUCUUAUGAUGCUUGUGAUGUGGCGAAUUAGGAAUUUAUAAGAACAGACAUUGGACAACUCAAAUCCAAACACAGGAAACUUAAACUCCGCUUCCAAAUAAUUUAAUACGACUACAGAAACUGGUACAGAAAGUCAUGACGGAGCCAACGCCCUGAAGCCAACUGCC